CAGGUCCCGGUAUCCAUGGCAGCCGGGAAUCUAUUACCGCCAAGGCCUCCGCCCAGCCGCACGGACUUUCGACUUGAAGCGGGAGGAAGAUCGCCUGUUGAGGAAGCAGCCUUGGAGCCCUGGGCGAUGGCCAAAUUUCUCUCCCAGGACCAAAUUAAUGAGUACAAGGAGUGCUUCUCUCUGUAUGACAAGCAACAGCGGGGCAAGAUGAAAGCUGCCGACCUCCUGGUGGCCAUGAGGUGCCUGGGGGCCAGCCCGACACCUGGGGAGGUGCGGCGCCACCUGCAGACUCACGGGAUAGGCAGAGACGGCGAGCUGGAGUUCUCCACUUUCCUGACCAUGAUGCACACGCAGAUCAAGCAGGAAGACCCCCAGAAGGAGAUCCUCCUGGCCAUGCUCAUGGCGGACAAGGAGAAAAAAGGUUACCUUCCGGCCGCCGAGCUGCGCUCCAAGCUCACCAACCUGGGCGAGAAGCUCACGCACAAGGAAGUGGACGAGCUCUUCAAGGAAGCAAAUAUCGACCCGAAUGGCCAAGUGAAGUAUGAGGAGUUCAUCCCCAGGAUCAUGCUUCCUCUGCCGGACUACUGAGCACAGAGCAUGGCUGCA